AUGCUUUUCAAGACAGCUCUUGUCCAGGGCCUUGUCGGCUCUGCCCUGGCUUCUCCUAGGAUCAGCCAUAGCAUCACGAAACGAGCCGAUCUUGAGAGCUUCAUCUCUUCCGAGUCUCCGAUAGCCUUACAAGGAACUCUGAACAACAUCGGUUCCAAUGGAACAGGCGCACCUGGAGCUAAUGCUGGAAUUGUAGUUGCAUCGCCAUCACAAACGAACCCAGACUACUUUUACACCUGGACGCGUGAUUCUGCCUUGACUUUUACCGCUCUGAUCGAGGCCUUCAUUGCCGGUGACUCCUCUUUGGAGACACUUAUCCAGUCGUAUAUCACCGCUCAGGCGCACCUUCAAACAGUUUCUAACCCAUCUGGAAGUUUGUCCGAUGGUACCGGCUUAGCAGAACCCAAAUUCUAUGUCAACAUUACUGCAUUUACCGGUGCCUGGGGUCGGCCGCAACGCGAUGGCCCCGCCCUACGUGCAAUUGCUCUGAUUGCAUAUGGAAACCAUCUGAUUUCCAAGGGUAGUAAAUCAGUUGUGCUCUCCAAUAUCUGGCCGAUCGUUCAAAACGAUCUUUCGUACGUGGCAGAGUACUGGAAUCAGACCGGAUACGAUCUGUGGGAAGAAGUCCAGGGAUCCUCUUUCUUUACGAUUGCGAGUCAGCACAAGUCGCUCGUAGCAGGAAACGCGUUUGCUACUUCUCUCGGUGAGACCUGUGACGGAUGCGUCUCACAAGCGCCGCAGAUUCUAUGCUUCUUGCAGGAUUUCUGGAACGGCAGCUCCGUCAUAUCGAACCUGGCCAACAAUGGACGCAGCGGCCUGGAUGCUAAUUCUAUUCUCGGCUCAAUCCAUACCUUCGACCCGGAUGCUGCAUGCGAUGACACUACUUUCCAGCCAUGUUCAUCGCGGGCUCUUUCUAACCACAAAGCGGUCGUCGAUUCAUUCCGCUCUAUUUAUACGAUCAAUAGCGGUCUCGCUGCGGGUACAGCUGCGGCUGUUGGUCGAUAUCCCGAGGACUCUUAUCAGGGUGGUAACCCAUGGUACCUCAAUACUCUGGCAGCAGCCGAGCAGCUUUAUGACGCCCUCUACCAAUGGGACAAUAUAGGAUCUCUCGCCAUCACGUCAACAUCACUACCAUUCUUCACGGACCUGGUGUCUACUGCGGCUGUUGGAAACUAUUCCAGUUCAUCAGCAACUUACGAAUCCAUCACCAGCGCAGUAAAGACUUAUGCCGAUGGAUUCGUAUCGGUUGUGCAGAAAUACACCCCUAGCAAUGGCUCCCUGGCCGAGCAGUUCUCAAGAGACGAUGGCACCCCUCUCUCGGCACGAGAUCUGACUUGGUCUUACGCCUCGUUCCUGACGGCUGUCGCACGUCGUAAUGGCACUGUGCCAGAGUCGUGGGGGGAGUCUAAGGCAAACGCAGUGCCUUCGGCGUGCAGCAGCGGUGGUGUUACCGGGACAUAUGCGACGCCGACUGCGACCGCGUGGAACAAGUAAAUCACCAUAGUUGCUGCCACGAGAGUCGUUAGAACCUGCUUCAGUUCGACGGAGAAAACACGAUGGUCGUGCGGUGGUUGCAGUUAUGCCGAGUAAAUUGUCUACGUUGGAAUCUAUUGCAUUGGACUCAAUU